AUGUCCCGCCAGCUCAGCGCAAUCGACGUGCCCCGCCCGAUCGCGCUGCUGUGCACGCUCUUCCGCCUGCAGCCGCCCCGCACGGGCUUCCUGGCGCGCAACUUCAACGACCCACUCUUCCAGGCGCUCCGGGUGUGGACGGACAUUGGGGAUAUUUGCGAGAACGAGAGUUUUGACGGCCACCGCAAAACGAUUGUCGAGCACACCCUCAAUAUCCUCAUCCUCCCCGGAAUCCAUCGCGAGGGUCGAUUUCGCGGGCAGCCAUCGACAGACACGCUGCUCACGAAUGCCUCUACCCCGCCUUCCCCACUUCCGACAAGUCAGCACCCAUCACAGGCCAGCACCCACUCCUUCGCCCACCCCACAUCUGACCGCCCCGGCCCUUUCUAUACCCGGGACAGCGCUGGCCACAUCACGCAUCACCGCGACUUCUGGGACGUCAAGGACGUGUUGGGGCUGGUGCCGGGGGUGUCGCUGGCGCAGUGGAUUGGGACCCGGCUGGCGGCGAAGGGCGUGGCGUAUGCGACGUCGCUGUGGGGGCUGGGCGGGGAGAGGGAGCGAGAGCAAGAGCAGGAGCGGAUGGAGAAGGGUAUGAUGACAUCCCCGAUUCCGGUCCCUGUUCAGACACAGACGCGCACGCGGGCGUCGUCACGGGCGUAA